CAGGAAGCCAGCUGUCAGGGCUGUGGCGCAGGCCCCUCUGGGUGGGAGGCAAGGGGAGAAAAACAGUGUCUGGCCAAAUUCCCUUUCCGACACCUGAGCCUGGCUGGCUUUGUAACCGGAGAGUUUUGCGCCCUCUCCCCCAUCCCAUCUUCCCCGGGGAGAUCCUGGGGCCCUUCUUGCUCUCCAUCCUUGGAGGGAGCUCAGGGACAUUUCGGGAUUCUGAUUUCUUGGUCUGCAACUCCCUGUGUGCCAGGCGGGGCUGGGCCCCGCUGCGGCUGGCUGGCGUUUGGCGCUCUCAUCCAGAGAGCGCUUCGCUUUGAAAUCUACCCACUCCUUUUUUUUUUUUUUUUAAACCAGGUAUGAUGAUGUCAAACGUGAUGCUGAUGCUACAGUUACAGCCCCUGCUGGCGCAGCCUCUCUGAUUCUCUCUCCCUCUCCGCGUCCAGUACUGGGCUUUUUCAGACAAGUGCAUCUCCUAACCAGGUCACAUUUCAGCCGCGACCCACUCUCCGCCAGUCACCGGAGGCAGACCGAGGGAGGAGAGCUGAGGAUAGCCGCGUGCGCUUCGCCAGCAGCGGGGUGGGAGGAAGGACAUUAAAAUACUGCAGAAGUCAAGACCCCCCAGGUCGAACCCGGACCACUAUGCGCGCCCCGGGCUGCGGGCGGCUAGUGCUGCCGCUGCUGCUCUUGGCCGCGGCAGCCCUGGCCGAAGGCGACGCCAAGGGGCUCAAGGAGGGCGAGACCCCCGGCAAUUUCAUGGAGGACGAGCAAUGGCUGUCGUCCAUCUCGCAGUACAGCGGCAAGAUCAAGCACUGGAACCGCUUCCGAGACAUUCCCUCGUCCGACCCACCCAGUACAACGCAGGCCACACCAUGACCUCUCCCGUUUUCUCUUAAACUGCGUGCAUCCACAAGUUCCUUGGAAAUUUGUUUAAAACACACAUGCUUCAUAGGCUAUCCAGCCAAGUGAUGGGAAGAGGCAGAGAUUUGGAUCUUUUUGUUACCGUCAGACAAGUGACUGUUUCUCCCCAAAGUCAAACUGGCAGGUUGUAAUUCACAGAGGACAGCAGGAACCACGGGCAGCCAGGUCUCCAGGCUGAGUGGCCGGGCCCCCGAUGGGCUGCUGAUCUCCGCCUUCGCCCCAUACGCGACCUGUCCAGCCGCAGGAGCCUGGAGCCCCGCGAGGCCUUCCCGAGGCACCUGCAGGCCCGGCGCAGAUGAGCCGCAGUCUCCUGCCGCCUCCUGGGCAGCAGCCCGGCCACAGCAGCGAGGGGGCGGCAGCGGGCCGGCCCAUCCGGAAUCCAUGUGUCACUGGCCUAGGCCUCCCUCCGACUCGCUGGCUGUUUGAUCUGCCAAAAUGGGACCAGUGAAGGUCAGAGGGAAAAGAAAUGCUUAAUCAGAACAGGAAAGGUUUAAAAUAAAAGAUUCCUCCCCACCUCCCUUCUUCCACCUGCUUCCAAUAGCCAGCUCGGUGGGUGAGAAUAAAUGACUUACUGCUUGACCCCAUGGCACUGGGCUGCCCACCUGUCUCCCUGUAUUGGUGCCAACCACUUCCCCCUUCCUCUCAUGCUCAUCAGAAGAAAGGCACUAGAUUUGAAAGUCUUCAGGACUUGCACAUAUAAGAUUCAUGGGAAAGCUUUAGGCCUGUGUUGAUUUUGGUAGCCUCAGGCUUUUGUAGGGCAAAUGUCCUCUAAAACCCCAUUUAAGGUAGUCCUGGCUGCAGGAGGACAGGGUCAGGGAGAGAAGUAGGACAAAGAAGGCUGGGCAAGAGGGCCUGGCCCUGGGGAUCUGUUGACAGCCUCUGCAGAAAUGCAGGAAGGAGGCUGAUAGCUCAGAGCCACUGCAUUGCAUAACUCUAGGGGUGCCACAAUAGAAAUGGCGCCCCCUGAAGUUGUGCAGUGCCCAGACAGUACACAGGGUCCCCACCAGCACUACCAACAUAUCCCUCUUCUGCCAGAAGAAGCCCUAUUUCCUGCCUAAGGGCUGAAGGCACUCUAACUGGGCCCAGUAGCAAUGGGUUUUAUAUUUCCAUUAGGCCAGCUCUUUGGAAAAUAUGCUCCUUGGUUCCUCAAAGGAGAGAUGGGAAUUUCGUUUGAAUCCUUUAAGGGGUUGCAAGGUUGAACUGGGACCUUGUUCACAACCCCAAGAUGGUACAGGGCCUCCCAUUUGCCCUAGUAGGGUGGAGGCAAGCAGGAGGAGUGGGAUACUCUUGGGGAACAGGAUUGGGAGGGAAAUGCCUCAUUAAGUGGUGUGGACAGAACUGAAGGGGGAACUUGAGGGAAUCAUGUUGAAAGGGUCAGGAGAGUGAAGAAGAGCAAGAAAACUUGGGGAGUUGCUCCACUUUGGAAUUGGCCAGAGCUGGUUGAGAGGGAGCGCAGCUUAGCAUCUUUCUCUGAGCACCAGGAUUAUAGGGAAGGCAGGAUUUACCAGUUGAGUAAUCCUCCCCUCCAGUGGGCUCAGGGCUCUUACAGCCUGUGCCUGGGUAGAUCUCUUCUAAUGCUGGGUGCCCGGCUGCCAGGGAGGAGGGGAUUCUGGCAGAAGAGGGGGGAGGUUGUGGACUCUGCCUGGCUCCCUGGCCCACAGAUCUAGCUGUGCCCUGCCCUGGGCAGUCCUGGGCUUUUCCAAGUCCUGCUCCCCGAUGCUCCUACCUCCCAAUUCACUCCCUGCACAACUGGGUGGAAUUUAAUGCAGGUCUUUGGAACAAAGCCUCUAGGGCCUAGAGGGAUGGACACUUGGAGGAGACAGGUCCAUUACACAGCAUUCUUCAGGGCAGGCUCCACAGAGCUUGGCUACGAAGAACUGUUCUCUUUCUUCUUGGCUCUUCUCUACUUUGUACUCCACUUCUAUGAAGUUUUCGUUAUAUUUAUGAGUGUCUUGCACAGUGCUUGGCACCCAGGAGGCGCACAGUUCAUAUAAGUUGAAUCCCUGGUGCAGUGAGCACUCACAUCUGCCAUUAAAUUAAAUUAAAUCAAAUUAAAGCACUUUAAUUUGAGUGGUCUCUUGUACCUCUCAAGGACCUGGGAGAUAGUUGUUGUUACUUUACAGCCUACCAUUUUAUGGUUGUAGAAACUGAGGCACAGAGAAGUAACUUACCCAAAGGUCAAAUAGCUAGUAAGUAGCAGAGCUGAGAUUUGAAUCCAACUCAUCUUACGUAAUUUUGCUUUUCAGGGAAUUCUAGGCCUCACCCUUAGCAAAAGUGAGAAGGAAGGGUCUACCCUGAAGAGCAAAGUCUACUCUGGCUUGUGUCCUCUGAGUCUUCAAGGAUGCCCUGAGUAGGCGUGUCACCUCCUAGGAAGGUGGGCCAAAGCCCCCAGUGUCUCCAGUAGCCUGCCUAUAGCCUACUCCCCACCCAGGCAUAGCAACACUCCAGAGGCAGCUCUCCACCCAGGAGGGGCCGGGGUGCAGUGUGCUGGGACAGCUCUGGCCUGGGUGCCAGUUCGGGCUCUGCCGCUGACUGGCCCCAGGAUGCCAGGCACAUCACAUAACCCCUCUGAGCUUUGGUUUCAGACUAGGAAACUGAAAGGGACGCAUAUGUGUGAAGGCACCUUAUCAGGGGGCUGGAGGGCUUCCAGGGCAGGUACUACGCUCCUCCCCCACGGAAAAACCACCAGAUGGGUCCUCAUUUCUGGGGCUGGCCCACACCAUGCCUGUACCUGUGAGAAAGACGUUACUGUACGUUCACUGUCACUCAUUCACUGCAGAUCUGAGCCCUUCCUGUAUGCCAGGGACUUCAUCAUAAUCCUGGGGUCUGGUCCAGGGAUAUUAUUACCUGCUGGCUAACAAUAUCAUGUGUUUAGGAACACCAAGAAGGCAAGUAGCAAGUAGCCAUAAAGGGGCUCCCUCCUGACCACCCCUCCCUGCUCCCCACCCCACACACCUAAACCAGCGGGAGUGUGGGGAUGUGCUGCGCCAAUGUCUGUGGGUAAGUGUGGGUGUGUGAGAAGAACCCAAAAGUGGGUCAGGAUGGAUUUCAUAAUUGGGGUUUGGGUCCUCUGCCAGAUAAAGUGACUAAAAACAAAACAAAACAUAUAACAACAACAACAACAAUUGGGGUUUGAGAAUGGGAGGGUGGGCCUUUCCCUGACCUCCCCUCCACCCCAGCUUCUAACUGGAGCUGGAACAGUGUCAGCAGAGUGAUGGGCUCUUGAACACCCAGCGAGACUCCAAGCCUGGGAAGAGAGGGAGAGAAGAGCCCUCUUUGCCUGGAGAGGCUGUCGUAUGCUACUCCAGUCUUGCAGCAGCCUGAGAGGAUGGGAAGCCAGCACCUUUCCCUCCCUUUCUCAAAGAGGUCAGAAGGCUACCUGGAGCACAGAAGAGCUCUGUCUCACCCUAAGCCCCAAGGGCCAGAGAGAGCGCUCUGCUCAUCUUCCCAGUCAGGGGACAGAACUAGCUGUGUGACCUUGGGGCAGCCACUUCACCUUUCUGGGCCUUGAUUUUCCUGGUGGUUUAGUGGGGAGGUGAAACCAAAUCAUCUGCAGAGGCUUUAGUAUGCUGUGACUCCAGGAAGAGCCUGGCAAUGGCCUGGCCACCCACAGGUAUACCCUGCUUAUCCUACCACACCACUGCCACAGGCUGGGCAGCAGGUUUUUGGGUUUAAGGAAGAGGUUCUCUUUUUUCUCCAGAGAAAGUACCUGUGACCAGAUUAGGGGAGGGUGUAUAUUAGCUGGAGACCAAGAAACCUGAGAAAUGGGGCCUAAUGGCAUUGUGGGGCAAGCACCAGGCUGAGGACACACGUAUCAUCUCUCCUAGUGUGGGCUGCUGUAACAAGAUACUAGAGAUGGGGUGGCUUAAACAGCAGAGAUUUAUUUUAUCCUCACAGUUCUGGAGGCCAGGAAGUCUAAGAUCAGGCUGCUGGCAGACUUGAUGUUUGAUGAGGGCCCUCUUCCUGGCUUACACUUUUCUCAUUAUAGCCUCACAUGGCUGAGAGAGAGAGCAUGAGCUUUAUGUAGCCUCUUCUUUUUUUUUUUUUUUUUUUUUGAGACAAGGUCUCACUCUGUCACCCAGGUUGGAGUGCAGUGAUGCAAUCCUGGCUCACUGCAACCUCCACCUCUUGGACUCAAGCGAUCCACCCCCCUCUGCCUCCCAAAGUGUUAGGAUUAAGACAUGAGCCACCAUGCCAGCCUCUAGCCUCUUACACAGACCCCAGUCUCAUCAUGAGGGCCCUACCCUGAUGGCUUAUCUAAACUGAAUCCCUCCCCCAAGGCCCCGCCUCCUAAUCGACUCCCAUUGGAGAUCAGGAUUUCAGCAUAUGGGUUUGGGGGGACACAAACAUGCAGUCCACAACCCUUCUCUGCUUGUCUCCUUGCAGGAGCAAUGUGGGUCUUCUAAGAUUUGUGGAUGGGAAAAAUGUAUGCUCAGGCCUAUGCCUGGAUACACAGUUUAGAUACCACUGUGCCCAGCCUCAGUAUGCAGACCUGGCCCAGCUGUGGCUCUUGAAGUGUGCCAGCCUCUGACCGCCCAAGGGCUUGGCCAGCAUCCAGUUGCAGGUGUGGCUCCUUCCUUGGGGUUCCUGCAGCAUUUAUUGGCCAUAACUCAUUCGGCACAGGUUGAAUGCUGCCUCAUAGCAUCACUUACACUGCGGGCUGUAUCUUGAGUCCUUCUGCUGGUAUUUGUAAUGUGUGUUUGUCACAUUCCUCCCGUCGUGAUCCCCUGAAGAGAGGAUCUGGGAACAGUCGGCCUUGUGUACCUUACCACCCCAUCCCCAGAGCAUUGCAUGGGGUGUUUGGCACACAGUAGGUGCUCAAUGUAAACCUGCGCACUGUGGCAUGUUAGAGCCAGACAGGAUCUCAUCCAGCCCGUUCUCUGCACCCCUCCCUCUCCUCUCCAAGUAGCAGUGCUGUGGGUUCAAGUAAAGAGGGGCUGGGGUGCUGGUCUGACUGUGCUGGUGAUUUGGGGAGAUCUCUUCCUCUUCCGGAACCCCAAAAGGUUGGUACAAACACAGCAACAAGCCCAGCUCCCUGAAUUUCAAUGAUUCAUUUGUGGGAUAAAGGAGUGAAUGAUAAAAUGAAGGACGACUGUCCCCGGGUCUCCCUGUCCUUCAGCCCUCCGUGCCUGUCUCUGGCUCCAGCCAGUCUCCUACUUUAUCCUGUGGAGAGGGUGCUCUGAGCCUCUUCCCCACUCCCACACCUUAUUAUGCCCACAGAGUGGGCCAGCCACCUAUCGGACAUGUGGAUGGUGGGACAGGGCUCCCUCGGGUAGAGAACAGAUUCUGUAGGGUGGAACGUCCAGCCCCCUCCUGCUCUCUUCCCCAACACCUGCCAGUCAGUCAAGCCUGCCCUGUAUAGAAGGACAAGCCAGGCCCGGCUAGUGUCUUACCUCUGCCUGGAUGCAAACAGCUCGCUCCUUCCCUGACCCCUUGUCCCCUGGCACAGGGCAGAGGACGUGAAGGGUCUGAAAUCGUUCGGGCUCCUAUUCUGCUCAUCUCCAAGUUCUCAGUUUGGAAGAACUGGGGGAGCAGAAUCCUGGAGACUCAGAAGCACUGAGCCCCACAUUUCACAGGUGAAGAAACAGGGCCAGAGAAAGGGCAGGCACCCACAACCCCACUCCUCUUGUGGCCCAGGGCUCUUACCCUGCACCACAGCCUGUGGCUCAGCUCCAGCCCUGGGGUCUCCCUCAGACCUCCCUGGGCUUGAAUUCUGACCCCCACCCCCAUGUUCCAGAAGGGAAGCCAGGGUCCUGAGGCAGCUCAGAACACAGCCCCGGCCCCUCAUACCUCUCACUGUUCUCUGCCCUUUAUGGACUAUUGGGGCCACCGCCUGGAGCAGGGACCAAGGACUAGGGCAACCACCAAGAUGCCACUGGACCAGCAGGGAGGUCAGGCCCCGGGCAUCAGGUGGGUGUUGGCGCAGGCAUACCUGAGCCCAGGCCCAGCCCGGCUCCUGGCAUGCAGAGAGUGAUGAUAAGCACAUUUUUGCCCUCCAAGGAAAUUCCUCUGAGGGCAGAGGAGGUGGGAGGCCAGAGUCUUCUAGAUGCCUGUCUCCUUCUGUUUAUCCAGGCCUAACACAGCCUCUGCCGCCCUCUCCAAGAGAGGCACAAGUCUUUAAUGACUGGACCCUCUGCCCCCCAAACCCUCUUCCCAGCCACCCCCACCCCCUCGCAGGGACACUGCCUCUCCAGGUGCCCUCUCCCAGGUGGGUGAUGGGGUGUUAAUCCUCAGCGGAGGAGGAUCCCAGGUGUCCCCACUGGGCCCCACCUUGCUUUUUUCUGGGUCCCUCUCUCUGUGCCCUGUGGCUAUUUCCAGGGAGGGCAGGAGGAAGCCACAGAGGCAAGCUUCUUUCCAGUCCUGGGCCUUCUUCGGUGGACUGGCCUCCAUCACAGGCUCCGUUGCCUGAGGAAUGAGGCCAAAAUAAUGGCAGGUACAGGGCCUCUCAGAAGCUGAGCCAGGCCUGGCCCACUUCCAUUUUUAGAGAUUCUUGAUCUAUUAAAAAAUGAAGAAAUGCUGUAACAGGGUUAGGGAAGUUGUGGUAUAUUCAGUCUUAUGAUGACUGUCUUCUUUCUGUCCUGUCGCUGUGCCUCUGGCUGUGUGUCCUCAAGUGGAGACAAUGUCAGACGUCCAUAUUGAGGCCCCUUGUUCACUGAGAUCCUACAGAGCCUCUGCCCAGCCCUGCCCCUAGGCUCCCCGGGUGUGUGCCAGAGAACCCGGGGUUCAGGCGUCCUGUCUUGUGUCUUUUGAAAGUACGGAGCUUCAGUUCACAAAGUGCCCUUGCAGACAUGAUUGCCUGGGUUCUUCUGCAUCUCAGGGGGGAAGGCAAGGGGGUCAUCCUUAUUUUACAGCCAAGGAAGCCAGUCCAGCAAGGGAAGCGACUCACUUACUGGCAGUCAGUGGCAAGGCCAAGCAGCAGCCCAGGCCCCCGAGUCCUUGGUGGUGAGGGGUGUAGGGGGUGAGGUCUCCCUGUCAAACUGUGCUGCAAAGAAGCAGGUGGAUCUUGACCCCAUAAGCCAGGGUCUGGAGGGCUGCUCUUCUUUGCUGAUUCGCUGCUGGGUCCCAAGCUUCACACCAGAUGGAGAAGCUGGGAGAGAUUGGGUUAAUUCAAGCUGUGAAGUGAGCGGGUGAUUUGGGUGCUAAUUAAAAUGACAGGAAGUAAACAGCACUUGGAAACACCCAGCAUGUGCCCCCUAAGCCCGACUAGGCCUGCGCACUCACUGCUGUCUCCCCCAGCUUGGCUCAGUGGGCACCAUCUCCAUGGCAACUGAGCUGAGCUGCAGAGAUCAAAGCUGAAGAUGGGUUAGCUCCAAACCAGCCGAACCAGGGGUCGUGUGAAGGGGUUUCUGAAAAAUGCCUGGAGAACGGGGGCCCCCAGGUGUCUUCCCCUUCCACCACUAGACCCUCCUCUCCUGGCUGCAAAACUCCCCCUAGGACUUGAAGUAGAGUUGGUGUGGUAGGAGAAACCACCUGUGGGCUGGGAUUGGGCCUCCUGGGACCCACCCCCGCCUAGGACUUUUUUCAUCAGCUAACAUUUAUGGAGUGCUGGUUAGGGGCACGGAUUCUGGAAUCACAGUUCUGGGUGCAGCACUCUUCUCCUGUGCAAUUGCUGUGUGACCUUGCCUAAGUCACUUAACCUCUCUGAGCCUCAAUUUUAUCAUCUGAGACAUGGGGAUAAUAAUAGUAAUGUUUCUUAGAGCUGUUGUGAAGAGGAAACAAGCCAAUGAAUCUAAAGUGUUUAGCAUAAUGCUUGCCACAUGGUAAUUGCUAUAAAGAUGUCAGCUAUUGUUAGGAGUGUGUAUUACUAGGUACUAGAUGUUGGGCAUAGAGAGAAGGAAUUUACAUGGUCUCUGCUCUCAAGGAACUGGCUAUCUAACUAGGGUGCAGUGAGGCAGAGGCGACAUUGCCUGGUGUCACUGGAGCAAUGGUAGACGUCUAUGAGGCACAGCUGGCCUGAAGGAUAAGGAGUGGGGCUUGGGAAGAUGACGGCUGAGCUGGGUUUUGGGAGAUGAGUAGAAAUUCUGGGGCUGAUGCGAACUUGCAUUCUGGAUGGAGAAGGCUGUGCCGAGGUUUGGCCAUGCUGGAAACUUACAGGAAGGACCUGGGGCUGGGGUAGCCAGGGAGAGAUCAAGAGAAGAUGGAAUUUCUUCUGUAGGUGACUGGGAACCUGUGAAAGGCUUUCAAAAUAUAAUACUUAUUGUAUUUUUUAUUAUUUUUAAAAUUUAUUUUAUUUUUAUUAUUUAUUUAUUUAUUUUUUUGAGACGGAGUCUCACUCUGUCACCCAGGCUGGAGUGCAGUGGUGCGACCUUGGCUCACUACAAGCUCUGCCUACCGGGUUCACGCCAUUCUCCUGCCUCAGCCUCCCGAGUAGCUGGGACUACAGGCGCCCACCACCACCCCCGGCUAUUUUUGUAUUUUUAGUAGAGACGGGGUUUUACCGUGUUAGCCAGGAUGCUUGAUCUCCUGACCUCGUUAUCCGCCCACCUUGGCCUCCCAAAGUGCUGGGAUUACAGGUGUGAGCCACCGCGCCCGGCUUAUUAUUUAUAUUUAUUAUGAUUAUGAUUAUGUUUUUUCCCUUUAUUACAAAGUAAUAUAUGUUCAUUGCAGAAAUUUUGGGGAAAGUUAGAGAAAAGCAGAAAGAUGUCGGAAUUCUCUGUAUUCCUACCCAGCAGAGGAAAUGACUGUUACCAUUUUGGUAUAAAUCCUUUUCACCUACUCACUUUCUUUUUCCCCAAAAUGAGAUCAAACUGUAUAUUCAGUUUCAAAGAGAGAGAGACUGGGUCAGAAUUGCAUUGUGGAAGGAUCUGGGUGGCCGCAGCCAUGUGGAAGAUAGUGGGAGGAGGGAGACCCUCAGGAGGCGCUGCAGUUUUUCGGGUUGGGAUGGUCUGGGCCAGUGGGUGUAGGGCAGGGAGGGCAAGCGAGAGGGAUUUGGGAGGGGAAGGGGCAGGACAGUCUUUGGGUUGGCGAGGGUGGCACAGUGAGUGUGCUCCAGGAACGGGCCUGGAAUUGGAAGCAGGAGCCUGGGUUCUCCCAGGGCCGGCCUGCUCCUCAGCACACCUUGUAUCCCUUUGUGUGAGGCACCCUCGGAGGGAGGAAGAAUGGCUAUUCUUUUUCAUCCCAGAGGCCCUGUGUUUGGGGUGAAGACACCCAAGAACAUAAGCAAAAUAUUAGACAUAAGCACAGAGCGGGAGGGACCUGAGGCCUGAUGGCUGGCCCAGUGGUCUCUAAGCUGCCUGCCUACAGCCAGCGCAGAAGCCUGGCCCGAGCUGGGUACCACCCAUGGGAUUUUAGGGGUCUCGGGUAGCAUGUGCGUGCUGGAAGGUUUAAAAAGCUCCUCAGGGAAGGGCACGGUGGCUUAUGCCUGUAACCCCAGUGCUUUGGGGGGCUGAGGCAGGAGGAUCACUUGAGCCUAGGAGUUCGAGAUCAGCCUGGGCAGCAUAUCAAGACCCUAUCUCUAUGAAAAAACCACCACAACAAAAAUUAGACGGGCACAGUGGCACAUGUGUCCCAGGUACUUGGAAGGCUGAGGUGGGAGGAUCGCUUGAGCCUGGGAGUUCAAGGCUACAGUGAGCUAUGAUUGCACCACUGCACUCCUGCCUGGGUGACUCAAUAAAUUAAUAAAAAUAAAGAGCUCCUCGGCUGAUUCGAAGGUGCGGUCACUACUGAGGUCCUCAACAGUGAGGAAGUGACUUCUUUGAGGACAUGCCGUGGGCCAGGCUGAAAGCAGACUCCUGGUCCAAUGCCCCUUCUAUGUCCUCUCUCUGCCUCCUCCUCCUCGGUGCAGACGCUGGUCCUCUCUUAAGGAGAGAGACUGUAACUUGUGGGGUGGGAACGGGCGAUGGGGAGCCCUGGCUCAGCUCCUCUUUUGUCUUGCCAUCUCUGGCCAGUUGCUCUGCCUCUCUGAGCCUUCGUUUUCUCCUUUCUUCUGGUGUUGAUCCUAUUGGCUCUGACUGCUUCACAGGACUGUGAGGUUAAAAGGCAGACCCAUCCAAAUGCCUGGAGAGAACUUACUCUAAAAGCACCAUGCAGGCUGGGUGCAGUGGUUCACGCCUAUAAUCUCAGCACUGUAGCAGUCUAAGGCAGGAGGAUUGCCUGAGCCCAGGAGUUCAAGACCAGCCUGGGCAACAUGGCAAGACCCCAUCUCUAUUAAAACAUUUUUUUUUUAAUUAAAAGCUUUACUCAUAUAGAUAGGUAGAUAGAUAAGCAUAUAUAAGCACCAUGCAAUACAAGCCAUGGGCUCUUCCAAAUCCCCAUUUUCCAGGUGAGGUCAGCAGCAAAGCCACCUGCCACCACUCUCAGGUGUAGAACUGGGCCUCUGUUUCCUGAGAAGCCCCAGGUGCCCUGAUCAGACUAUUUCUCACAACUGCUAAUGAGCCCACUGGGGUGCCAUAAAUAGACACCCAACACUGCCCUGAAAAGCAUUAUUCGCACUUGCCAACAAACACCUUUUUUUCAGCUUAAAGGUAGCGCCAGCCCACACCUGGCCUCAGGGACCCCUCAGUGUGUCCCUGGGUUUUACCCUCAGAGUGGCCAUUCCCAAGCUGCCCACAGGACUUCCUCAUCAUUCCUCCCCACAAGACCCCCUAGGGGACUCUCCUCACACCCUCUCUGGUCUCUGCUGUCCCCAUGGUGGCUUCUCCCUCUCCACUUUUUUGGGGUUCCUCAUGUGGCAUCUCUGUCCCCCAUUUUCCCCACUCGCAGUCCGGGGUCUCUUCUCCAUCAUAGCAGCUUUGAUUUGUUUAGUGCUUCCUGGACCCCAGGCACCCCGCAGGUGCCAUUUGCUUUAAUCUCUGAGUAGUCCUGGGAGAUACGCACUGAGCCCCUCGAGGUCGGGUGCUUGCCUAAGGUGCGCUGGUCAGGGGAAGCCUGGGGAUCUGCAGGACCCCAGGGCCCUGCUCUCCUUGUCCCUCUCUGGCUGGCUGCCUUUGCUCUCCGGGGAGUGAGGGCCCUGGAAUCCAGAUCCACCGGGGCCCCUCCAUCCUGCCCGCCCAGCCUGGCCACAGCAAAGGCAAAAAGCUGAGGCUGGAACCUGGGGCAGUGCUUUGCACAGAAGGGGCUCCCUCCCUGCCAGCUGAGUCAGGAGGGGAGUGGGGGAUGGCGGAGCAGCUGGGGAAAGCCCCUUUCUUAGAACUGCCACGCCAUCCCCGCUUUCCCCCAAAUUUCUAAUCAUAAAUUCUUGGUCUUGACCUUUGAGAAUCCACUGUGUACUGAGUCCCAAAAAUUCCACUUACAGUCUGGUUGGAGGUUAAGGCAGCAGGGUUGGGCCAGGGGGUGGGAGUGAGCCGGUACCAGGGGCCUCAGAUGACACCCAAGGGCUGGAGGCGCCUUCCCUACUCCCACUCUGGGGCAGGUGCGUUAUGGGCACACAGAUCUUGUUGGUUGAGGGCAGGUAUGGUUGAGGGCUCAUACCUCCCUCCCAGAACCCAGCCAUUUCCCGUCACCUGCAGAGCCUUGUCCCCACCCCUGCCCCAGGGGAUGAUGGGUACAGAUGGGAAGACCCCAGCUGAUGGAGACCAGUUGCCACUUUUGCCCCAACCCUUGUCAUCGUGGCCUCAGCAGCUGCACCUCUCUUGGCCUCCCUCCAUUUCCUGUGGGGUGGACCCCCAGCAGAGGACCCCUGCACCCCGAGGAGCUCCUGGAGAAGGCUUCAUUGGUUUUAGCAAACGAGGGAAGUGGUGCCUGCAGCCUCCCCAGAGGCUUGCCUGGGGGCUCAGGAGUGCUCAGGUCAAGCCUGAGGGAUGGGGUGAGUGCUGGGCCAGGUGCCCCACAGGCUCCCAGGAAGCACCCCUGCAGCCUUCCUCUGUCUGCUCCUGGGCCCAGGGGCUGUGGGACUCUUGGCUGCUAGGACAGGUACAUGUGGGCCAGGUGUGGGCUGAGCAGAGGGGUGGGGAAGAGGCUCAAUGAGAGAGACAGAGGAGAGAGGGACACAGGAACACACAGGGAGACACAUGAAAGCAAGAGGAAGAAGGAGAGAGAGGGAGAGAGCCGCCCUGGGUUCUCACGGGAGCAGUCUUCGGUCCUCCUGUCCUCCCCCUCCUUCCCGUCUCCUGCUGCCUCCUUCUCUCACGGCGGAAGAGGCAGGAAGGCCAGCCUGAGGGAAAGCCUCGAGUGUGAAACUGGAGGCUGCUCACAGAGUGGGUUUUGUUACCUCGUUUCUGGGUAAAAACCAUCUGGCACUGGGUGAACAAUGUCCUUGUUAGUGUCCUUGUUUUCCUACUGUCACUACACACGUGUGUGCAUAUGACCACCUGUGCAUAAAUGAGGAUGUGCAUACACACAAACACGCCUGCACACACACGCUACAUAAUACAGACCUGUGAGUGUGCAUGGGCGCACCUGGGUCUGCAUAAAUGCACACACACUCGCAGAAGCAUGCACUCGGGUCUGUGCCUGUGCACACCGCGUCUUUCCCGGUGGUGAUGCCAUCCGCUUGCUCGGGUCUGGCCCCUUCUGGCCUUUGUCCAGGAGGCCUCACCCUGCCUGCUCUGAUGCUUGCCAGCUUCCAGGGGAGGCUUCAGAAGCCUGAAGGCCUUGGGAUUUCAAAGCCCUUUAGGCACCCUUCUGUGUGCCCACUGCUGCAUGCUUGUGGGUGCCCUUUGGCGCCAUGGCCCCACGCCCUUUUCCCCCAGACCUGACAGCUCUGCUCACCCCUGCACAUCUCUGCUCCUUUGGGCUAGGGCAGAACUCAGGAUGAAGGGGGCAGCUGCAUGUAGCUUCUCAUGCCCCUCUCCCCCCAGUGCCCAGAGCCCCUCCUGGAGCCCCACGCAGAGGAAGCGGGCAGCUGGUCCUUGUCACUGCCAGCCUGCAGGCCUGGGAAGCCCCCUCCUUGCCUGCCUGGCAGAGUUUCCACCAGGAGUACCCUGGGACUGUUUGGUGUUUUUUAGCAACUGUCUCUGCCCCAUAGGGGAAAGGGAGGAAGCCAGAGAAGUUGAGUGUUCUUGCCAGGGAGCUGGGUCGGGUGGGAGACGCUCUGCCUCUGGCCACUCUGCAGUCCACAGGCCUGAGAGGCUCCUGCAGCUGGAGCAGGGUGAGAAGGUCUCCCUUGUGCCUUAGGCCUCAGAGAGUGUGUUGUAGCAAGAAAAGUGGUCUGUGCUGGGUGUCGGGAGACCUGGGUUGUGUGACGGGAGGACCUGGGUCAGGUCAUCUCCUGUCUCUGGGCUUUCUCCUGCACAAAGAGGGGGCUGGACCAGGUGAUCUCAUAGGACCCUUUCUGGGUCCUCUGCCUCUGAGGGUUUGAAGCUGAAUCGUGAUAACUGGGGAAGCCUCAUCACAGUCAUGGCCUCCUCCCUCACUCUGUGCACCAGCUGAGCUCUGCAGAGAUGUCAGACCUUGAGCAAAAAGUGUCCCUUUGCAGACUGGAUGAGGGGGCCUUCCUCCCACCUCACUCACAUGGUGGGCAGAGGUCAGGAGAGCAGACUGACAAGGAAGGGGCCUUGGCAGGAGACAGACAGUGCACUGUUUCUCAGGCAGUUUCUGAGACAUCCAGGGCACAGGCAUGAGAAGCUCUGUUCCCGCACAGCGUGGGCACCUCGGACAUCUGUCCUGGUGGUGGGGCUGGGGCUGGGCUGGGAACGGAGUGGAGGUGCCCCACCCUCUCAAAGCCACGGGCCCCUGCUACUCCUAAGGCCAGUCUUAAGCUCUGUGGUGAAGACAUAAGAAUACUGGCCUCUUAUUGGGGUUCCUGGGGGUCAGAGGAACACAGCCAUCGAAGGCCAUUGCUCGGCCACAUGAUGAGGCGGGAGACCCUAGGAAUGCCAGAGGGCCUCACACUGAUAUCCCCAUCUUUCUCCCUUUCUCCUCCUGCUCCGUUUUCCAUGGCCUGCUGCUGUUCCCUGA